GCUGGAGCUGCCCGCAUGAACGGCGAGGAGGGACGCGAGCGCAGCUGCGCCUGCGGCGGCGGCGACGACAAGAAGAUGCUGAAGUGUGUCGUGGUGGGUGACGGGGCCGUGGGGAAAACCUGCCUGCUGAUGAGCUACGCCAACGACGCCUUCCCCGAGGAAUACGUGCCCACGGUGUUUGACCACUACGCAGUUACUGUGACAGUGGGAGGCAAGCAGCACUUGCUCGGACUCUACGACACCGCAGGACAGGAGGACUACAACCAGCUGCGGCCACUCUCCUAUCCCAACACAGAUGUGUUUCUGAUCUGUUUCUCUGUGGUAAAUCCUGCCUCCUACCACAAUGUCCAGGAGGAAUGGGUCCCGGAGCUGAAGGAGUGCAUGCCUCAUGUGCCUUACGUUCUCAUAGGGACCCAGAUUGAUCUUCGAGAUGACCCAAAAACCUUGGCCCGUUUGCUGUACAUGAAAGAGAAACCUCUCACUUACGAGCAUGGGGUGAAACUUGCAAAAUCGAUUGGAGCACAGUGCUACUUGGAGUGCUCAGCGCUGACCCAGAAAGGUCUCAAAGCCGUCUUCGAUGAGGCGAUCCUCACCAUUUUCCACCCCAAGAAGAAGAAGAAAUGCUGCCCCCAGGGUCACGGCUGCUGCUCAGUCUUCUGAGGCUGCCGAGAACCCCCGUGCCGUGGAAGGGUGAGCAUGGCCACCGAUGCCUGGGUCCAAGCUCGAGAACCCCCGUGCCGUGGAAGGGUGAGCAUGGCCACCGAUGCCUGGGUCCAAGCUCGAGAACCCCUGUGCCAUGGAAGGGUGAGCAUGGCCACCAAUACCUGGGUCCAAGCUCCUGUCAAAAAAGGAGGGCGUGUGGCCAGAAAGGAACUCGCUUCAUCACCCCGAGGCUGCGCCUUCACUCCGGGAACCUUCCCAAGCACCGCCUGCUAGUCAGCCAACUGUCACCAACUCCUGCCAGCCUGACACGGGCACGCUGCACACUGCGUGAAGGUGCUGAGCCAGAUGUCAGCUUUGUGUUGGAAACGAAGUAAAAGGCCAUUGUUUUUCUUUCUUUUUUUUUUUCCCUUCCCACAUCUCGUCCACCUGGGAGCAUGAAGCCAAUGGGAAAUCAUUGCCCAAAAAAAAAACAACAUAGAAGCUCACUUCUGUAUCUGUGGCCUUAUUUGAUGCCUUUUCACAGAACAUCGGGGUAUAAUGCAGACCUGUUUGUCUGAAUCCACUCCUCUACCUAUGUGUCUUAACAUUCACCUAUAGGGUUUCAAGGAAUUUGCUAUUUUCCGAUUUACUCAGGCCCUGCAGCUUCAUGCCAAAUCAGCUGAAAGACUAGAUGCUUUACAUGCACUUCUCUUUUCAGCACGUGUCUUCCAAAGCCAUUCGAACCUACAUGUACCUCGGAAUGCCUGGCUGCGACAGGAAGCAAAAGGAAGACUUAAAGCUCAUGGGAAUAUCCGUGAAGAACAGUGAGUUUUAGCAUGAUUGAAAGAACAUCAUCUGAAUUGCAGCAGGUCCACAUUUUUGCCAAAGAUUCACCUUAGAAAUACAUCAGUUGAUGGGUGGCCUGAUAUUCGGCAUAUUAUAUCACCGUGAUGGAAUCAGAAAGGAACUGUGUUUAAGGAUGUAAUAAUACGUCUGCUUUUCAUCCAAUUGCCUGUGUGGAAGAAUGGGGCAGGACCCAUUUUUUAAGAGGUUCUUUAUUCAGUAAACUUUCAUGCUCCCUCCUGCUGCACCUGCCAUGCCCCCCCCCCUUUCUGGGUCUCACCCCUUCUCCCAAACUUGGCUCUCCCUGCUCUCCUCAAUGGUAGCCUGCGAAAGAGAAGAUUCUGCCACAGGAUAAGGAAAAGCGAGUCUUCACAACUCUCCAAAGGUCCGGGAAAGGGUCUCUACUUUUCCACUUGCUUCAGAUUAAAGUGCUUCUUAGUUUACUACCCAUGUGGGCUCCCAUUCCAUUUAAAUGACAAUCUCUGUGCCUGCUAAGGGUUUCAUUGGCUCUACCGGGUGGAUUUGAACCAUCAACGUUUCAAUCAGUAGCUUAGCACUUAACCGUUUGUGCUCUACCCAGUGUUUCCUUUGCCCAUACAAAACCCACCACCACAUAUAGCCAUCGAGUCGAUGCUGACUCAUAGCAACUCCAUCGAACAAGGUAGAACUUCCCCACUGAGUUUCUGAGACUAACU